AUGCGGUAUUCCAUUACUUUCGCGGCUCUUUUCUCCCUGGUCUCGUCAACCAUUGCACAAAACGACCAUGGGUCUACUCUCAGUAGCACGUAUGACUUCAUCAUUGUUGGUGGCGGAACCACUGGCCUGAUCCUUGCAGACCGGUUGAGCGAGUCCGGUACGGCAAUCGACUGGAACUUUUAUACUGAACCCCAGGAAGGUCUCGAUGGCCGUAAUCUUGCAUACCAUCGUGGACGUGGUCUUGGUGGUAGCAGUAUUCUGAACGGCCUCUACUACGGACGAGGCUCAGCUAAUGUUUAUGAUCACUGGGGUACUCGCUUCAAUGCUCCUAACAAUGGAACCGAUUACAAUCAAAAGUAUCAGACCUGGGACCCCUCCGCAUACUCCAAGGGUCCGCUGGAGAUAGGCUACCAAGGAUUUGUCCCUCCCUCGAGCAUUACUUUUAUCGAUGCUUGUGCUGCGAUUGACAUCCCCAUAGUCCAAGAUCUCAACAGCGGCAAGAAUGUUGGCGUUAAACAAGGGACUGCUACUCUUACCUCAAAGUAUAGACGUAGCUCGGCCUACGACUAUUACAAGGCUGCCGCCAAGCGACCCAAUGUCGAUAUUCUUCACAACGCCCCUGUUCAGCAGAUCAUGUUCUCGAAGAAUGCUACUGGAGUGCCUGUUGCGACUUGUGUCAACUUCAUCGAUCACUCUCAAGGUCGUCACCGCACCGUUGCCGCUUCCAGAGAGGUCAUCGUCACUCUGGGGACUUUCCAGUCUCCUCAAAUGCUAAUGGUCUCGGAGGCUAAUAUGAGAUUAGGGUAUUGGUCGGAAGCCACGCUUGAUGCUUUCAAUAUCGAGCCGAUUGUGAUCAAUGACGACGUGGGACACCACAUGAUGGACCAUAACCUGUACAGCAUCUCAGCCACAGUAGUCCCCGAAGCUUCGACCCACCAGCUCAUGUUUAACUCAACUUCCGUUGAAGCCUCGCAAGAGGAAUACUACACCACUGGAAAGGGAGUUUACACGGCCCCUGGAGGUAUCACCAAUGGUUUCCAAAAGCUAUCGAACGAACAACUUCAAAAGAUUGGUGCUGAAGCUGUCAUCGAUGCUGGUCUUACCAACCGAUCCACAGUAGAGUUUCUCUUUGAGUCCUUCUUCUAUCCCAACCUCCCGGGUCCUACCUACGAACUAUCAUCAGAUCAAUCAUACAUAUCUAUCUCGGUAUCGAGCAUGGUUGCUCUAUCCAAGGGCAAUAUCACCCUCCAGUCAAGCGGCAUGUCUGAUGCCCCCAUUAUCAACCCCAGCUACUAUACUCACAUUGCUGAUCGCGCUAUCGCCAUCAACGCAUUCCGGGACGCACGCAAGAUCUUGGCCCAUUCUGCUUUUGCAAAUCUGACUGUUGGACCUAACCAUGGAGAUGUUGCGCCUGGUGUUUCCAACAUUGCUUCUGAUGAUGACGAGGCCAUCUUUGAGUACAUCAAGGCUACAACGGUUCCUAAUUGGCACGCUUCUGGAACUAAUCGCAUACUUCCACUUGAGGACAGCGGCGUCGUCGACUCUCGACUCCGCGUCUAUGGAGUCCAGGGCUUGAGAGUUAUUGAUAGUAGCAUUAUGCCUACGGUUCCAGAUGUUAAUAUUGCUGGUCCGGUGUAUAUGCUGGGGGAGCAUGGAGCAUCUAUGAUUAAGGAGGAUUGGGAUAUCUCUGAUUAA